UUGACCUGGUUGUUGCAUUCCAGAGAGGCUUGUCCUGCUGCAGCACCACAGCAAGCACUGCACUCAGCCUGCUUCUAUGCUACAGGGGGACAAUGUGUGCUGAGCUAGUUUAGACAAAGCACUGGACGACGAAGCGACAUUUAUCAGAGGCUGCUAGCAGACAUCGUAAUAUCGUCCCGAGAUAAAGGAGCGCGUUGUUUCUAUAGGGCGAUCUAAGACGUAGUUAGCAUUUUAGCUAAGCAGCUAAGUGCCACCUUAUUGAGGCUGCAUUGUAGACACAGCAAGCUAGCCCCAGACAGCAGCGCAGAGGAAAUGAAGGACAAACAAAAGAGAAAGAAGGAGCGGACCUGGGCCGAGGCAGCUCGCAUGGUUUUGGAGAACUUCUCUGAUGCACCCAUGACUCCUAAACAAAUCCUCCAUGUCAUCCAGACCAAGGGGCUGAAAGAAAUGCGGAGUGGAACAGCUCCUUUGGCCUGCCUGGUCACCAUGCUGCACUCUCAGGUGAGAGGAGACCGAGUCAAGAACAGCAUCUUCUUCAAGCUGCCUGGACGGAUGAGCCUGUUCACUCUGAAGAAGAAUGCCCUCCAGUGGACAAAGACAACCUCAGAGUCAGAGUCUCCAGCAGAAGUGGCAGCUGCUGCUCACCCAGCAUCCAGCAGCAAUACGGCUGCAGCUGGCCCAGUGGUGGCCCCAGGCUGCCCCACCGAGGCCAAUGAGCAGGAGAGCUGUGACUCCACUGAGACCACAGCUCCUGUCAGUGGAGACAAUGAUGCCUCGGUGGAUGAGAGCUCGUCUAGUGCCUCCUGCUCCACAGAGCUACAGGCUCCCAGCACCCAGCCUCAAACCCGCCUCAGCAGGUCAGCAGGACAACAGGGACGUGCAGACCCGCCGCCGACCCCACACGCCCAGACCAGACUGAGCCGCUCAAGACAGUCAGGGAGGCAGAGGAAGAAAGCAGUGAUGAUGCCCCGCGUUGUCCUCACCCCACUAAAGGUGAACGGAGAGCAUGUCCCAUCAGGACCUAUGAAGAGGAGCCGAGGAGGGGUGGAUGUAGACUUUGAAACGCCAGGCUCCAUCCUGGUCAAUACCAACAUCAGAGCCCUCAUCAACGUGAGAACUUUCUCAGCCUUUCCCACACAGUCACAGCAACAGUUGCUGCAGCUGCUGCCGGAGGUGGAUCGACAGGUCGGGACUGAUGGAAUGGCCAGACUGAGUAGUUCAGCCCUCAACAAUGAGUUCUUCACCCACGCGUCCCAGAGCUGGAAGGAACGCUUGGCUGAGGGUGAAUUCACCCAUGAGAUGCAGGUGCGAUUUCGCCAAGAAAUGGAGAAAGAGAAGAAGGUGGAGGCUUGGAAAGAAAAGUUUUUUGAGGAGUACCAUGGGCAGAAGUCUGGCCUGACACGAGAGGAAUCCCUGAAGCUGACCAUGAGUGAAGCCAGUGAAGUAGCAGCCAGUGUCCUGGAAAGCGACGUGGCCGUGGUGGCAACCGGUGCCCCGAAGAGACGCAGCGUUGGCCGGCGGCGGCGAGACGGCAGAAUGAGGAGACGAACGAGGGCUGACCUGCGCCGCAGGGCCCGAAGGACCCUCUGCAAGCCCCCAGCUCCAGCCCUACCGGCUGCAGAAGCAUCUGAGGCCAGUGCUACCCUGGACAUCUCCGCAGUCUCAGUUGGCUCACCCGUUUCUGACAACACCGUUGUUCAAGGUGAGGUGGUGUUGCAAGCUGAGUGUGGCCCUGAACUUCCAGCCGACAGCACCUCCAUGGAACCAAAGCCCUCGCCAGCUCCAGAGCCCAAUGCCGUGCCACCUCCUGUUUCUACUCCCACUCCAACACCCAGCCCCAGUCCCAGCCCAGCCUCCACCAGCGCAAACGAGGACCCUGAUAUUACAGCCCGUCUGCUUCCAGAAGAGGCCGCGCCCGUUCUGGCUUCAACCUCCUCUCCUUCCUCCUCGUCUUCGUCCUCCUCGUCUUCUGCCUCCUCGCCUGCCUCCUCACCUUCCUCACCAUCUGAUAGACCUGGAGCUUUUGCUGCCGGGCUGGAUUCCUCUUCGUCCUCCUCAGCGUCCUCCAGCGCUGCGGUUGCAGUCGAUCCACUUGAUGAUACUGCUUCUGUGGUCACAUCUAUUACAGGAGGUACUGCCACCAGCAGUCGUGAAAGCAGUCCCUCAGCAAGCCCAUCCACCACCCCUGUUCCCAGCACCCAGCUCAAAGAGCAGAAGAGGAGACCUGAUCAGACCCAGGCCUUCUCCAGCUUUCCCGAAAAGAGGCCACGGCUUGACGACCGUCAGUCCUUUCGUACCACAAUUGACGGUGUCCGUUCAGAGAAGCCGCAGCCGACAACAGAAGAGCCCAAGGUGCCGCCUAUCCGGAUUCAACUGUCCAGAAUUAAACCUCCCUGGGUCAAAGGGCACUCCACCUACCAGAUCUGCCCCCGCAUUGUGCCCCCCGGCGAGGGGUCGCGGAGGUCGGGGACGGGGGGCGCACGCACCCUGGCAGACAUCAAAGCGCGUGCCCAGCAAGCCCGCGCCCAGCGUGAGGCCGCUGCUGCUGUUGCAGCCUCUGGCGAGGGGGCAGGGCCGACAGGGGUCAGGCUGCGGCCUUCUGCUUGGCUACCGGAUAGCAGCAAUGGACGACGAGCGCGAGAGCACCCAGGACCUAUCGAGCCCGGAGGAGGAGAAGCAGAUGGAGGAGGAAGUGGAAACAGUGGGGACGAUGGGGCGGAGGAGCAGGGAACGUCUUCGGGCACUAAUUCGUCUGGAACACAACUACUGCUUCUCAGCGUAGAUCCCACACCCCAGCCCUCCCCCUCUUUGUCUUCUACCUCAACCUCCAUGUCUUUGGAGCCCCCACAAACCCCAAGCCCUCCACGUGAGGAGGCGUCGAGAACAGAGUCUGGAGAAGAAAUGGAAGCGACCCCGGUCAGUGUCCCAACCUCGAAUGGUCUUACAGACAAGGCCUCCGACACAGCGUCCCCAGAGCCUGAAGCAUGUGAGUCUGUAAAUCAUCAUGAGACGAGGCCGAGCAAAGAAUUGGAGUCUGCCUCUCCCUCAGGGAAGGCAAGCCAUAGUGAAAAACCCCUACUAGUCCCAACUUCAAUCCCAGAUUCUCUUCCCAGGUUCGGGGCUCAGGGUGUGGACGUUAUCCAAACACUGGUUGGCCCCUGUCAGCCCAAAGAACGCGACCACGGGAAGGAGCAUGGCCUGGGGGGGGUCAUCCAGCAUGGCUCCCACCAUGUGGAUCACCAGGAGAAACUCUCUCACUCUCAGCAAAAAGUCACCUCCUCCUCCUCCUCCCUUCGUCUGGACUCAUGUGGAGGAGAGAAAGAUGACGAGGCUCGAACGCCACACAGUGACUCUACAGAAACCGCUUCUGACUGUGAGAAUGAGAACCAGGAGGAGGAGAAGCACGAGCCUGACCAGGACUGGUGCACCACGCUGAGCUCCCUGAAAAACGGCCAGCUGGUCAUCCGUAGUCCUCCUUCUCAGAACCAGCAGCCGGUAAUCCAAGCCCAUGUGUCCAGUCGCCAGGGACAGACCGUGAUUCAGCCUUGCUUUCCCAGUAGUCUGCCUAACGCCCAGUACAGCCACCCCCAAUCCCAGGAGCACCAGUCUCUUCAAACACCCCUACCUCAAGGGCUCAGUCAAACCAAUGUCGUAGUUAAAAUGGAGCCUGAAGAUGAUGGUAGACAAACCCCUGCUGAAGAAGAGUGUCAUGGAGGCUUAAAGCCCUGUAGCAAUCACCCAACAGCAAAGAGACUGGUCGGCUCAGCCAGACAGGUAUCCAGCGUGGAGGCCAACAACCCGUUGGUUACUCAGCUGCUGCAGGGGAGCUUGCCCCUGGAGAAGGUUCUCCCGCCACACUCUGGAAACAGGCUGGGCAUCAGCCGAUUGCCAGGACCUCAACCCAGACCAACAGUGACUCGGACACCAGGACCUCGGCACAGGCCUGAUGUCUCGGCCCAGUCCUCUAGUCCAGAACUGAGUAUGUCCCACAACAAAUCUCCAACAGGCCGCCCAGUGUCCUGCUUGAUGGAGGCUCCAACUCUCGCACAGUAUCACUCCCAGCAGGCCCCUGGGGCGGUCCCAGUAAUCACCUCCCUACCAUCCACCUCAUCUGCUUCCAGUGCUUUGCCUUCCAGGUGUAAGUCAGACCCGAGUGCUCAGACCACGGUUGAGUCUGUAAUCAUCAGAGAGGCACGUGGUCCAACUGUAGAUCGAUCUCAGGCAACCCACCGGACCUUGCUCAACGGCCCGUCUCCACCGCACAUGGAGGCUGGACCCACAGAGGUGGUGCCUUCUGUUAAAAUCAACUGGCAGCCUCCGCAGCCUCAAGCUCACCAACAGCAGUCAUCCCCUGCUCCCACAGUGAAAAAUGAAGUUGGAGCACGGCCCUCGUGCCAGGCUCUCGUCAAACCCUCCCACGCUCUACAGAUGAAGAAGGAACCUGUCAGCUCCGUGGACGGUUUCCUAAGCGGGGGAGCGAUGGAGGGUCUCCUCAACAUGGAAAUGACUUUAGCCAGGAUGGCAAAGAAAGAGCACGGCAAAGCUCCAUACUCCUCCCCCUCCUCCUCCUCAUCCCCCUCCUCCUCCGCGUCCUCUCUUCCUUUCCAUCUGUAUGGGAAGCUCCCUAAGCAGAGCGGAGGCGUUGGAGCGGUUAGCUACACAGCCAAUGUAUCAGUGAUGGACAAUGGUGGCUUCUCUCGGAGCAUGGCGGACGGCGUGCUCCAGCUGCGCCCCCACUUGACCUCCAGCCAGACCACCCUCAGCAUCCAGGCCUUCACAGACAGUACGACAGAAGAGGUGGCGCUCAAAUGCUCGUGCCGCCUUAAAGCCAUGAUCAUGUGCCAAGGCUGCGGUGCCUUCUGCCAUGACGACUGCAUCGGGCCCUCCAAGCUGUGUGUGUCGUGUCUGGUGGUCAGAUAGCAUGUUGACAGGUGUACAGAGGCUGGAUGGACACGCACAGCAGCAGCCUGAUGGCCAGGACUUGCCUUGUAUAAAGUAAUUGGUCUGUAAUUUUUUUUGUUGUUGCAGAAUUUCAGAUUUUUUGUUCUAUUGAUUUUUAUUACUAUUGUUAUUAUGAUAUUAUUAUUAUUGUUAUUAUUAUUAUUAUUGUUGUUGUGAACUGGGGGCAUGGUUGAUUGUAAAUUGUGCCCUUUUUGUUUUUUCUCCUCAAAAACAUUUACCUCAUCUUGCUCCAGCUGUCAUGACGUGUUGGCCAUAUUUGUUUUGGUCCCUUGUUUCCUCAGCAAACAGGGACUCGUCUCUUUGCGCAGAGAAGUAUUUUUUUAACCAUUAAAAUGUUAAAUGAUUAAA